GCCUUUAAGGGGCCGCCGCCCCCGCCCCGCCGCCCCCGCGCCCGCCGGACACCCCCCGAGCGCCCCGAGCCCCGCCGCGUCCGACAUGAGGGAGAAGGGCCGCAAGAAGAAGGGCAGGACCUGGGCAGAGGCCGCCCGGACGGUCCUGGAGAAAUAUCCCAACACACCCAUGAGCCAUAAAGAGAUCCUUCAAGUUAUCCAGAAAGAAGGACUUAAGGAAAUCAGCGGGACGUCCCCCCUGGCCUGCCUGAAUGCCAUGCUGCACACCAACUCGCGCGGGGAGGAGGGCAUCUUCUACAAGGUGCCAGGCAGGAUGGGCGUCUACACCCUCAAGAAGGACAUCCCAGAUGGGCUGAAGGAGCUGUCAGAGGGCUCGGAGGAGAGCAGCGAUGGCCACUCAGACUCGCAGAGCUCGGAGCACAGCAGCUCCAGCAGCGACGGCUGCGCCGCCAAGGACAGGAGGAAGAGCAGGUGGAAAAGGAAAGUGCCGUCGCGCCUGCCCCCCGCGGGCUCCCCGCAGCCCGGCUGCCCCUCCCCGUCCAUCCCGGCCAAGGGCCUCUCCUCCUCCCAGAAGCACAGCAAGAAGGCCCUCAAGCAGGCCCUGAAGCAGCAGCAGCAGAAGCAGCAGCAGCAGCAGCAGCAGCAGCAGCAGUGCCGGGCGGGCCUGGGGCCGGGCAUGGCGCUGCCCUCCGGCCAGCACGUCCUGCUCAAGGCCAAGGCCACCGCCGGGAGGUCAGGUUGGGAAGGGAAGCAGGCAGAUGGACAUUCCAGCAGCCCCCCAAACUCCACCUCCAGCUCCUCGCCCUCGGUGAAGCUCGAGAACUCCCUGCCAGGGCUGCCCAAGAAGCCCUUCCCCAGAUCUGACAGGCUCCAUGCAAGGCAGCUGAAGAGAGCGCGCUGUGCCGAGAUCGAUGUGGAGACACCGGACUCCAUCCUGGUGAACACCAACCUGAGGGCCCUGAUCAACAAGCACACCUUCAGCCUGCUGCCCCCCGAGGGCCAGCAGCGCCUGCUGCUGCUGCUGCCUGACGUGGACAGACAGGUGGGCCCCGAUGGGCUGAUGAAGCUCAGCAGCUCCGCGCUCAACAACGAGUUCUUCACCUCGGCUGCACAGGGCUGGAAGGAGAGGCUGUCAGAAGGAGAGUUCACCCCAGAAAUGCAGCUCCGGAUCCGGCAGGAGAUCGAGAAGGAGAAGAAGGUGGAGCUGUGGAAGGAGCGCUUCUUUGAGAGCUACUACGGGCAGAGUUCUGGGCUGAGCCCUGAGGAGUCGGAGCGACUGACAGCACAGCCCGAGGCGGCCGAGCCCGGCCGGCCCCGCAGCCCCCCGGCCCCACGGCGGGAGCAGAGCACAUGCACGGCCCCCUCGGAGCCCCAGGCAGCCCCAGCAGGCGGCAGGAAAGCGGCAGAGGAGGCCAGAGAGGAGCCACAGCCCAAGGCAGCCAAGGCCGAGGCAUCCCCGGAGCGGCGAGCGCCGAGAGCCGGCGAGCGGCCGGGGCCCGGCCGGGAGAGAGAAACCCUGCCCCAGAAACCCCCCAGCAGCACCAGCCACGGGCCAGAGGAGCACAGGAAGCCUGGGGCGGCCAAGGAGGCGCCAGGGAAGGAAAAUCUGGGUGCCCCGAGCAAACCAAAGAGCCCCGAGGCAGGCGGGGCAGCGGCCAAGGCGCAGAGCCCCAUGACGGCCACGGCGGAGAAGGAGAAGGAGGAGGAGAAGCCCCUCAGGAGCGAGGCCAUGGAGGUUGGGGUGGAAGCCCACAAGAGGAAGUUGGAGAGCAGGGAGGAAGCUCCAGGCAGCCCCGAGAAGAAGCCCCGUGUGGCUGAGCCCUGCCAGCAGCAGCAGCAGCAGCAGCAGCAGCAGCAGCAGCAGCAGCAGCAGCAGCAGCAGCAGCAGCAGCAGCAGCAGCAGGCCUUUCGGAGGCAGCCCUUUCCCGGCGUGGGGCCGGCGGUGCCGCGGGUGCCCCCGCUCAAGAUUCCCGUGUCCAGAAUCUCCCCGAUGCCAUUUCCUGCGGGCCAGGUCUCUCCCAGGGCGUGCUUCCCCCUGUCCCUCAGCAGUCCUGGCAGGACAGGGGCCAGGACCUUGGCCGACAUCAAGGCGAGAGCCCAGCAGGCCAAGGCUCAGAGGGCAGCAGCCGCGGCCGCCGCCGCCUCGGCCGGGGGAGCCGUGCCAGGGCCCGGCCCGGGCGGGGGGAGACCCCCGGGCAGGGCCGGAGACGGGAGAGACCCCGGCGGAGCCCCCCAAGCCGCAGCUGGAGCGAAGGCGCUGGAACUGGCAGGAACUGGAAGCGGGGGAGGUUCGAGAAGGUUUCUUCCCCAUUGCCCAGGGCCCCGUUCGCAGGUGCAGGGCCAGGCGGAGCCGGGAGCUGCUCGCCAUCCUCCUGGAGCACAACUACAGCCAGGAGGGGGCCCCCGCGGCAGCCCGGCGCUAGGGAACGGUGCCGGGGCCACGCCCGGCCCCGCGGGGGCACGGCCACCCGGCUCCCCGGGCACCCCCAGCGCGGCCCCUCCUGCCCCGGCCCGGGGGGCUCCGGCGGCCGGGAACGGGACCGGCUGUGACCUUCCCAAAGGCAAAUCCCCUUCCCCUCUGGUGUCCCCCCUGCCGCCCACGGGCCCCACAGCCCAGGCUGGAGCUGUGGGUGCAGCCGUCCCACCCUCCAGCAGCUCCUCGGCAGCAGCCAGCCUUAAAUCUGCUCCCCGAGCGAGCUCCAGCAUUCCUGCCAACAACCCUUUGGUCACGCAGCUGCUCCAGGGCAAGAGCGUCCCUCUGGAGCAGAUCCUGCCCAAGGCGCUGACCAAAGCAGAAGUGAAAAGUGUCCCGGUGGCUCCUCAGGAAGAGAAGGGCGCGGCAGCUCCCGGCACCGAGGCGGGGGACAGAGCGUCGGGUGCGCCCCGGCAGCAGCUUGGGAAGAUCUUCUGCCAGAACAGGCCCCUGCCUCACAUUGCAAGGACCUUCCCGCUCCCCUCGGGAAAGGAGCCCGGGCCUGAGCAGCACCACGAGGCGCUGAGCAAAUCCACCCAGGAGCAGAUCCUGCAGACUCUCAUCAAGAGGGUGCAGAGGCAGAACGUGCUGCCCGUCCUUCAGCCCUCGCAGCUGAACCUCCCGCACUCAGGUUUCCCGGUGGAAAACAGCUCCACCAGCCAGAGAUUCAUGCUGGGCUUCACGGGCAGGAGGACGUCCAAGCCUGCCAUGUCCGGGCACUACCUGCUCAACAUCUCCACCUACGGCCGCGGCUCGGAGAGUUUGAGGAGAGGCUCGUCCCUGAGCGCCGAGCCCCGCCUGGGGCUGAGCAGCCCCGCCGAGGGCGCCAGGGCAGAGCUCGGGGAGGGCGAGGACACGGGCGGCCAGGGCAGCAGCAGCAGCAGCGAGGAGGACGCGGAUGAUGAGAGCUCCGGGGAUGAACGGGAGCGCAGCAGCAUCAAAGAGGAGGCACGGGCGGGGCAGGGGGAGAAGGAGCCGGGCUCACACGGCCCUGCAGAGCCCGGCUCCCUGGGGGCCAAGGCUGCCAAGGAGAAGGUGCCAGCCUUGGAUGGCACCGCGCUGGCCCGGGACCUGCUGCAGGCGGCACAGGAGCAGAUGGCCCACGCCAUGAGGGGCAAGGGCCACGGUGGCACGGAGCUCUUUGGGCCCCCCACCCCGUCCCCAGACCCGGCACAGCCCCCGCUGCUCCCUGCCCCGCACCCCCCGAAGCUGCCCGGGAACGCCGGGGCGCAGCUGCUGGGGCCCAGCUACAGCGGCACCAUCAACGUCUCCACCUCGCCCGACGUGGGCCAGGGCUCGCUGAUGGGCGAGUGCAACCAGCUGGCCAGCUCCAUGGGCAACGUCAUGUCCUUCUCCGUGACCGUCACCACCAUCCCCGCCGGGCAGGCCGUGAACUCUGGCGGCCACGGGCAGAGCCUCCCGGUGCAGGCGUUCGCCGAGGACGGCGCCAUGGAGGAUCCCCCUUCCAAAUGUUACUGCAGGUUGAAAGCCAUGAUCAUGUGCAAGGGCUGCGGCGCCUUCUGCCAUGACGACUGCAUCGGCCCCUCCAAGCUCUGCGUCUCCUGCCUCGUGGUGCGGUAACAGGGAGCAGCACGGCUUCCUCCGGGGGCUGCCGUCGGGAGAAUCUUGGGAAGAAACAGGAAUUUUACUGCCUUGCACAAGAGACACGUUACUGAAUCAGGAAUCCAGAGUUAGAGUCCUUCUUUCAUUAACGAAAGAGCACCUUCUUGUACAGGGAGUCGAAAUCGCGCUCGACUACGUGAAUUGUGACAAGAGUUUGCACUUAAGGAAUUAUGUAAAUAUGCCACGUUAUUUUGUUUAAAGAUAUUUUUUCAAUCUUUUAGGAGAUAUAGUGUUUGACUUGUACUGCAGUUCCAGUAACCCCAGCCUGCUCUGAGCACAUUUGCUCUCCCUGGGGACAUCCAGCCCACAGCCCAUUGUUGGUUUUCUCCUGGCAGAGGGAAUGGGAUAAUCCGAGUCCAGCCUGAGCAGGCUGCCUUGGCUGCUCCCAGUUCAGAUCCCUGGGAACUGGGAGGCAGCCCUGAUGCUUUUCCCUCCGUUCCAGAGGCCCCUGGGCUGUGCAGUGCAGGCUGGUGUUCCUGGUUUGCAGAUCCCCCUUUCCCAGUGUCCCAGGUAAAGGAUCCCAGGUGUCCAGGUGUGCUGCUGCUGGAGCUGCAGGGAGCUGGGCUGGCCAUGGCAGUGACCAGAGCACCUCAGGCCUGGGGCUGUGGGGUCACACAGCUGUGCCUGG